AUGGAGAGUAGCCCAUGCAGAGUAACUGAUAUAAAUCGUGACGCAUUGUAUACCAUUUGCUGUAGUGGAUUAACACGAUUAUUAGACAUUGAAGAUUUGGAUGAAUUUCUACAAUGUGAAAGUGAUCAAGGCAAUCAAACACGUAACUUGAGUAAAAAUUUAACCGCCAUUUUAAAAAAGAAAUCUUUUCAAUUUUUUAAUCUAUCCCACGCUCAUCAUAGCGAAAAAUCAAACAAGAAAGGUAAGAAAGUUUUCGGCGCACCAAUCGCAGAAGAGACCUUGGAUUCAAUUAUUCCUUUAUUAAAGUUCUUACAUGAAAAUGCUGACAGGGAAGGUAUAUUCCGCGUAUCAGGCAAUAAAAGACGUAUCGCUCAGCUUAAAGAACUUAUCGACAAUGAUAAUAUAAAUAUAAGCAAGGAAUUGGCAAGUGGAGAGUAUACGCCAUUCGAUGUUGGAGAUUUACUAAAGAACUUCUUUAGCGAGUUACCAGUUUCCUUCUUACCUGAAAAUCACUAUUCAAUUUACUACAAAACUGCUGAGCUACAAAAUGAUGGGAAAAGAUUAGAAGCGUUACAAUUAUUACUACUUUUGCUGUCUCCAGAAAGUAGAGAAAUUUUACACCAACUACUUGGACUAUUACAUAAAAUUUCCAGAUUAAGAGCGAGUAAAAUGACCGCUUACAACUUAGCUGUUGUAUUUACUCCGAAUAUGAUACAUUUCGGAAAGGAUCUAGCAACAGAAGCUAAUGAUAUUGAAUUACUCAUGAGCAUAGUUACCUUCAUGAUUGAAAAUUUUCAAAAUGUGUUAAAGAUAAGACCAAUUGACAAAGUUACUUUCCUUCAGAUUCCAUGUGAUAUUUCAGUCCAAAUUGAGAAGUAUAUGAAGAAAAUUGAAAAUAGUGAAGAGGACGAUGCCUUAGCCGAAAUUGCUAUACCAAGUUCAGCCAAAAAAUCGACAAACUAUGAAGAAGAAACAAACCAACACACUGCUGCAGCUCUUUCACAGCUGUUAGACCAAAUCAAACAAAUACCUGACGAGGCUCAACGAAAUGCAAUGCUAAAAAAGUUCGACAAGUAUCACGUUGGCACUCCUCCUAUGUCAGCUAAACGAUCACUUGCUAAAGUCAACGCUACUCCAAACAGUGCUUAUAGACCAAUGCAUGCAACACCAAUAGCAACUCCUCAGCUCCACAGAAAAUUGUUUAAAACUCCACAAAGUGCAGUUGUUAACGGAUUGGAUCCAGUCAAUUCCAUUACAAAAAGUGCGUUUGGCGUUUCUACUCCUGUAAUUAAGACGGUUGGCCGCGAUACUAAUUUGGAAACGCCCAAAAUGUCUAAAGUUCGCCAGCUAAGACAAGGUAGCUUUCAUCUACCGAAAAGAAUCAAAUUAAACAAGGAAAAAGAAAAUUGUGGUGUUCCGGUGUAA